AUGCAGACAAUUAAGACAGUGGAGACCCAAGUGCCCUUUCUCAAAGAGAGUUUCUUCACUACCACUUUCAAAGGAAGGAGGAAGAGCAGCAUUACCAACAUCCUCCGUAAACAACAGCACUCACUCCUUAAUCAACACCAGACGCAACAGUGCAUUUUAGAGCAUCAGCCGCAGCAUCUGAAGCAAUUUCUUUCCCCUUCGGUUGAAAAUGCACAAGGGCAGCACACUCCGGAGCAUCAGCGUCUUGCUCGCUCGACCAGCAGCCCGUUAUGCAAGACAGGCGAGUGUGUGGAAGCAGAUGGGGAUAGAGAGGAGGGGCGAAAAGAGAGGAAGGAUCAGAGAGUGAGAGAGACUGUGCAGGGGAGGCAGGGUGAGCGUGCAGUGAGUGGUAGUGAGCCCGCGGCUGUCAGUGCCAGUCUCCUCCUCCUUUCAUCAUCAGCAUCAGCGGCGCUGGGGGAGGCAGCAUCAUCCUCACAGCAGCCUUUAACUGUGGUGGGCAGACAGCAGGGAUUAGGCAGCUCUGAAAGGGCUCAGACCAACAGAGGACCAGCAUCAGUAGCAACCCAGGAGGAAGCCCACCAUGCCCAGCAUCGACCCCAGCAGCAUGGCCUGUUAGCCAAGGGUGUCCGCCUGCUCAGGAACAUGGGGAACCAAGAAACAAAGCAGAAGAAAGGAGGAGGAAGUGGUCGAGUGGCAGGGGAUGUCUCCUGUGAUGGUGAUGCAGAUGAGAGGGAAGUGGACAAAAAAUCUAAAAAGAUCACCAACAAGAUAAGUAAAGGAGGAGGAGAACAAAGUGGUAAGAAGAAAUCGAAGUCUGAGUCGAAGGGUUCUGUCUUUUCUGGCAUGAAGAUCAGAAAGAGUUUGUCUAAGGCGAAAGGGUUGUCUAAGGAUGACAUGUUGGAAGAUGAGAGGUCAGCACACUUUGCCAAAGCAGAGCUCAAUCCCAGCGCAGAGGCAAGCCUGUCCGCUGAUGAGAUGGGAAUGACAUCAGAUGUUGAGGGGGAUCUAAGCUGUUUGGCUGCAGCGAGUCACCAAUCCAUGGUAGAUGAGCAUGACCGGAAGGCAAGCUCUGGGUCGGAUGCUGACCUCUACAGUUUUCACUCAGCAGCAGCUGAAAAUGAAGACCUGCUCUCUGACAUCCAACAGGCCAUAAGAGACCAGUGUGUGGCCAGCAACAGCGUACUGGAAAUCAGCACUGGCUACUUACCUGAUAGCUCGACCCCUGAGGGGAACCAAGCUGUUGAGAAGGUAAUAUCUCCCCAACUGGAUGGGGCAGUUGGUAGUGGAAAUGCAGUUCAAGAAAUAAUCGCAGAGUAUAAGAACUUAGAGAAUGAAAGCUGUGACAUACCCAUAUCAAGAAAUUCAUCUGGUCCAGGGUCUCUAAGUGAGAGUGGUCCACCAUCUUCAGCCCCAGACACGGAGAGAAGCAGUGGCAGCCUUUUCCCAAAGACCAACAGCACGUAUAGCUUCCCUGACACUACAGCGACCACCACGUCGUAUGAGAGUGCUGAGGAGCCCCAGGAAGACCUGGAGAGCCCAGUUUUACACCCACAGAAUUGUCAAGGUAAUCAGCCUGCACAGAGCAAAAACACAUGUGUGCCUUGUGUUCGCUUGGAUCCCCUGGUGGCAGGGGUAGGGCCAGUGGGGCCUCACAAAAGUGUGAGCAGCAUGGACCUGUCUAUGGAAAGAGAGGAGGAAGAGGAAACUGGGAGACGGGACUUCCUGUCCCUGAAAAGGAGGAAGAGUAGUAUGUCUUUUAGCCAGUUAACAACAGACAGCCCCUCUGUUUUUCAACCUAGACGGACAUCCUCCAGCUCCCCCUCCACUGUCAAACUCUACCCACCAGUCCACCCCUCCUAUGUUAAGACCACCACCAGGCAGCUCACAUCUCCUAUUAGUUCCCCCAUUACCAGCCCCCAUGUGCCCAGGAAAACAGAUGCCACUGUUGCUUCAGUGGAAUCCGGCGGGGCCCAGGGAUUUCAUAGGCGCAAGCAGAGGUCCUGUUCCAUUGCUGGGCCCCUCAGUGUGUCUGCAGACUGGUCCCCAGAACUGGAUGAGAGAAGAGGAAAGCAGGGUGGCAGGGCCAAAUUCCCAGAGCAGGAGGCACCAGACAAGAAUCACAUAGGUGGGACUUACUGGACUCUGGGCUCCAGGAGAGCACAUUAUGGACGGCAGACCUCUACCACUACAGUACCCUACCUGGAUGUCUUCUCUGGUCGCACUCUGUUGGAGAAGCUGUGUCUGCAUCAUGGAGAUGGGUCUACAGAAGAGGAGGCAAAGGGAAUGUGUCACCGGAUGUUGGCCCAGGGUCUGCUGCACCCCUUCAGUGACGGCCCCGCAGAGCUCCACGGUGACAGCACUGCCUCGCCGGUCUUUAACGAGGAGCAGCUGUACACCUGGGCAACUGUAGGCCUGCCAGUGUCUUCCUACCUGUGGGAACUCUAUGGGGGGCGAAGCACAGGCAGAGUACAGAGCUUGAGAUCCCCUUUGAAUCAGUCCUCAGCCAAGACACCAGGAGCUCUACUCUCUCAGACAGAAUCUAACAGGCUGAAGUCCAGUCAGUCAUCGUCAGAGGAUGAAAGCUGUCUCAUCCCUCAGCUGGAGAGGACCAUUGAUGACCUGCAGAUUAAGAUUGCUGUGUUGCAGGGCCAGCAGGCCUUCUUGGCAAAGGGUAGUGGGGAUAAUAUGGGAGCUCUGGGCACUGCCCACCACAAGGCCUCACAGAUAAGAGGUGGAAGAUUGGGAAAGAUGAGCCAGGAGGUGUCUGUCCAGACCUCGCCUGUGGAGGAGGGGUUUAAGUUUGAUGUGCCUUUCAGCGGAGGAUCAGGCAGCAAGUUGUCCUCCGUUUCUUCCUCCAUCCCCAAAUCUACAGAGAGCUUUGUCUGCACGUGCCAACAGAGGCAAAAGAGCAGCUCCCAUCCGGGUCCUCCACCCCCACCCCCACCUCCCCCUCCCCCUCCAGUCUCUGGAGGUAUGCCCCCACCUCCACCACCACCACCUUUACCAGGGGGUGUCGCUCCUCCUCCACCACCACCACCACCACCACCCUUACCCGGCCUUGGACCUUGUCCACCACCGCCUCCCCCUCCUCCUCCUCCACCACCAGGCUUUGGACCUCCACCACCUCCUCCUCCGCCUGGUUUCGGACCCCCACCCCCGCCUCCUCCACCGCCGGGUAUGGGCCCUCCACCACCACCCCCUCCACCCGGAAUGGGCCCCCCACCUCCACCCCCACCCCCGGGCUUUGGGCCUCCACCUCCACCAGGCCCCAUGCCCUCUAUGAUGGUCCAGGAAGCUCCCCCUGCCAAGGCUGUGAUAGAGCCCCCCAAGCCAAUGAAGCCACUCUACUGGACACGCAUACAGCUGCAUGCUAAAAAACAAACUGACUCACUGGUAUGGGAGAAAAUCGAGGAACCGACAGUGAACUUUGAAGAAUUUGUCGAACUAUUCUCCAAAAGUGCUGUUAAGGAGAAGAAAAAGCCAAUUUCAGACACAAUCAGCAAGUCCAAGGCCAAGCAGGUGGUGAAGCUUUUGAGCAACAAGCGUUCUCAGGCUGUGGGUAUUCUGAUGUCCAGCAUUCAUCUUGAUAUGAAGGACAUCCAGAAUGCCGUCCUAAAUAUGGACAACACUGUCGUUGAUCUGGAGACGCUGCAAGCCCUUUAUGAAAAUAGAGCUCAAGCUGAUGAGAUGGAUAGCAUUAGGAAGCACAUUAAAUCAUCCAAAGACAAGGAGGAUGCCAAGCCACUGGACAAGCCUGAACAGUUUCUAUUCCAGUUAUCCCAAAUCCCCAACUUCUCUGAGCGGGUGUUCUGCAUCCUGUUUCAGUCAACUUUCCACGAAUGUAUCACCUCAGUCUUCCGCAAAAUAGAAAUUCUUCAGAGAGUAUGCAAGAGUCUCCAGAGUGGUAAGUGUGUGUUGCAGGUGCUUGGCCUGGUCCUGGCUUUUGGCAACUUCAUGAACGGAGGUAAUCGGUCUCGAGGGCAGGCCGACGGCUUCACCUUGGACAUUCUGCCAAAACUGAAGGACGUUAAGAGCAGUGAUAACUCCCAGAGUCUUUUGUCCUACAUUGUUGCUUACUAUCUAAGGCACUUUGAUGAGGAUGCUGGCAGAGAGACGUGUGUCUACCCUCUGCCCGAGCCCCAGGACCUUUUCCAGGCCUCCCAGAUGAAGUUUGAGGACUUUCAAAGAGAUUUGCGCAAGCUGAGGAAAGACCUCAACGCAUGUUCAGCUGAGACAGAGAAAGUUUGCAAAUUGUCCUCUGAAGAGAACCUGCAGCCCUUUAAGGACAAGAUGGACGUAUUUCUUAACCAAGCAAAAACGGAACUGGAAACACAGGAGAAGCAGCUUGAAGACACUCAGAAGACCUUCUUGGAGUUGAGCGUGUCUUUCUCAGUUAAACCCAAGUCAGGAGAGAAAGAGGUCUCUCCCAACACUUUCUUUUCCAUUUGGCACGAGUUUUCCACUGAUUUCAAAGACCAGUGGAAGAAGCAGAAUAAGCUGAUGUUACAGGAACGGGUCAAAAUGGCAGAGGACUGCUUCAAACAGGCCAGGGAGAAGUCUUCCUACAAUGUGAAACCCAAACAUGCAACUGGAAUAAAAGCAAAGCUGGGUCAGAAGAUCUGAAUCAGAGAAUGGAAAAUUAUCAUCAUCAAGCCUAUUGCACAAGCACUGUUUGUACAAUCUGACAUGGCUCAUCAGUCAUUUUUACAACAUUUAUUUGCUUCCAGUAUUUGUUUUCAGUUGAUUUAAAGAUGUUUUUAUUGUGAGUUGCUUCAAAGUGGAUAUUAUGUGGAUAUUGUUUAAAAGUGGAAUGAAAUUUUCAUUCUCAGCCAGCUUUUGUUAACGUUCAAAUAAUUAAUGAAAUAUUGCUACUAAAAGACAUAAUUAAGCCGAGAUGAUUAAAUACUCUUGAGUCAUUUGCCAGAAAAUGCCAAAAAAAUGCUCACUGGGGUUUGAAAUUUCUAGCAACACUAUCUCCAAGCUUUCUCAGUAUUUUAUAAGCCAUAUGUAGCCUAUUUUCUUUUUAGUGCAAUUCCCAAGCCUGCUUUACUAUGAAGGCAUAAACACUUCCUCUUUAUAUCUCCCUUAAUGGUGAAAAGCACAGAAUUUUAUAACCUUUCUAUAUGGUAGGUAUGGAUCACUUGCCAGACAGAAAGUGCCUUAUUGCACAGUGGUGUGGUUAAAUGAAACCUGUAGAACAGAACUCAUUUUUAAGACAUAUCAUCUAUAAUAAAAUGUAAAGAAGAAAAAUCUGUUACAAACAUGACAAAUUUACUUAAUAGUUUCAUCAAGUGUAUUUACUAUAUAAACUAGGUGAUAAUUUUACAUUUGUUUUACAUGCAGCACUUCCUCUAUUGUGGUUUAAUGUUUUUUCAACCAAAAAGGCCAUGCAUAUCUAAGUGAUGUGAUGUGAUAUAGACCUAAUGUUGUUUUAUUCAGCAGUAUUGUUGACUUGCUUUAUGUUUUAAACAAAAUCCUAUGCAGUUAGUUUUGCCUUUCCUACCAUGUUUGAGUGCGUGAACUCCCA